GAAACAAAAACGGAACUGAAAAAGAGGAAGAAAUGAAAGCAAAACAGUAAGAAAUAAUAAAAGAAAGAAAUAUUAGAUCCCUAUUCACAGAAUGGAGGGUGACAUUGGAUGAAAGAAUAGAAGGAUUUCCGCAGAAGAACAGGAGGAAAAAUCUUUGGAUUUCUAAUUUUUAUGUAGGAGUGUGGGACAUGAUGUUUGACUUGUUUGAACCUCAUCUGGUACAUCCGCAGCCCCUAAUCCAAUUCCAACUCCAAUUCCCAAAUUGAACUAUCGCCAAAUCUAUACUCCACAGUCCCAGCCCAGAAGGACCCAAAAGAUGGAGAAAACUUUCAUCCAACCAUCAAUCGCCGUCUUAAUCUCUUCCCUAAUCGCGAUUAGAUCAUACAGAAGAAAGUCUCUUGAUUUUUCCGGUGCCCUUUCCGGAUUUAUCGUCAUGGCUAUUCACUUCGCUGUCGGAUACAGGUUUGGGGCAAUGUUACUUGCCUUCUUCUUUACCUCAUCGAAGCUCACCAAAGUUGGAGAAGAGAAGAAGCGAAAAGUUGAUGCUGAUUUUAAGGAAGGUGGACAAAGAAACUGGAUACAAGUUUUUUUCAAUAGUGGCAUUGCAACAGUUUUAUCUGUGAUAAUUGGGAACCUGACUGGAUGGGAGGACAAGUGCCUAGACUCAAAAGAGUCAGUUCUUAUCACAUCCUUAAUCGGUGGUAUAAUUGGUCACUAUUCCUGCUGCAAUGGUGAUACUUGGUCCUCAGAGAUUGGGGUUCUUAGUAACGACCAGCCACGGUUGAUCACAACUUUUAAGCCUGUUCGAAGAGGCACAAAUGGUGGUGUGACAAAAACCGGACUUGUAGCAGCUUUGGCAGCAGGGAGUGUGAUUGGGUUAACGUUUGUUCUUGUUGGAUUUUUCACUACAAGAUGUUCAAAUGGAAUGACCAUGAAGCAGCUGUUGGUUGUACCCAUUUCUGCGGUGGCUGGACUUCUAGGAAGUAUCAUAGAUUCUCUGUUGGGAGCAACCCUUCAAUUCAGUGGGUUCUGCACUGUCCGAAAUAAGGUUGUCGGAAAACCUGGACCUACGGUGAAGAAGAUUUCAGGUCUUAGCAUUCUUGACAACAAUACCGUGAACCUUGUCUCAAUACUGUUGACCACACUUCUGACUUCAAUUGCCUGUGUCUACAUUUUCUGAGGCCGUAUACUAGUUAAGCAGUUUAGACUGUACAAUGAACUUCUUAUUCGAUGUAAUCAACAUUGGAAAAAUGAAUUCCCACGUCUACUUCAAAAUAAAGAUAACCAUAUUAAUUGACCGGCCAGGUUAGAAUAAUAUUUGCAAGAUGAGUAGUCCUUUUUGCUUUGUGCUAUGGUUCUGAAAGUAACUUUUCAAAUCUCAACACAACUGAACUGACGGUAUCCAAUUGCCUUUGGCUCCGGGCAAGUAGAUUUCAUAGUCCUUCAUUAAGGCUUAAUGCAAACAAAUGGUCGAACGUGAAAGAAACAGAACAGGUCGAAGACACAGAGUGAGUGUUAUAAUAAAGGUUCAUCGUUUAACUAUGCCAAUUUGAAACAAGAAAUAAGGGGAGGAAACAAGAUUAUGACUUACUCUGCAUACUGCUAUUAAGAAAUCACAAGAAAUGCCAAGGCAACUAUAGCAUAUGAAUUGUGCGUAAUGGCAUGACUGGUCUGGAUUUUAUUUUCCAUUUUUUGUUAGGAUGAUGAACUCCUCGAGUACCUUUUGAUGCUUU